UUUCUUUAUUUAUUUAUUUAUUUAAAGAGUAUACAGGCUAACAGACUAUCUUAAUGUAUAUAUAUUCUUAAAAAGAAAUUUUUUAUUAAUUUAAAUUAUUUACAACUAUUUUUUUGCAAUUUUGUUAAUUUAAAAAUUAUAAUAUUAAUUAUUUUGUAAAUUCUUUGUUUUCAAUUUCCAAUUGACUUUACUUGCUCGAAUAUAUAACGCCUGACUAACAUCUUUUAUAACUCCUUUCAAGUGUACAAAGAAUUUUCGACAUAAAAAUUAAAUUAAAAAAAAAAAAAAAAAAAAAACAAGAAACAACUAUUUAUUAAGUGCAUCGCAUCGUUUUGUAAAUAAUAAAUGGAUUGAAAAGAAUAGGUCAAGUGCUGUUGCCAUAUCGAAUAUUCAUUAAAACGUUCAUUUUACGUUUAAAUUUUUGUUUUUUUUUACUUGAUUUUUAAAUUUUACGAAGCUUUUCCUAUUUGUCUCAACAAAAGUCAGUAUGAAAAAGUCAAGACCAUCAGCAUCAAGUGAAUGAUCAGUAUUUGUCACUUAUUGAUUUUGAGAUUUAAUUUUUUUUUUAAUUUUGUUAUUAUAUAUUUCAAGUUUGUGGUUUUUUGUCUUUAAAUAAAAUAAAUAAAUAAAAAAUUUAAUUUUUUAAAAAAUGGGACUAUUAGAAAUUAUCGACUAUUAUUAUGUAGAAUUAGCCGAUCCUCGAAUGAAAAAUUGGUUUCUAAUGAAAAGCAUAUGGAGUCCUAUUUUAAUAGUAUUAUUUUAUAUUAUUGUUAUAUUUAAAUUAGCACCGGAAUAUAUGAAAAAUCGGCCCGCCUAUAAAUUUAAUACAUUCAUUAAAUGUUAUAAUAUUUUUCAAGUUAUAGCAAAUGCUAUUUUAGUUAAAGAAUUUGCAUCAUGUUAUCAAUUUCAUCGUGCCUUUGAAUGUCGUGAAGUUAUUUAUACAAUGGAUCCAUGUGCCACAAAAAUAAUGUACGGCAGUUAUGUGACAAUGUUAUUGAAAAUAAUCGAUUUAAUUGAAACAGUUUUGUUUAUACUUCGCAAAAAGAAAAGCCAAGUGACAAUUUUACAUGUCUAUCAUCAUAUAAGUACAGUUUUAAUUGGAAUGAUAUUUUCACGAUAUUUCAGUGUGAACAUGGCUUUAUUGUUUCCAAUUUUAAAUUGUUCAGUUCAUGUGAUUAUGUAUACUUAUUAUUUCUUUAGUAAUUUUGAAGGAUCAAUUAAACAGAAGAUAUUACCAUUUAAACGUUAUUUAACAAUUAUACAAAUGGUUCAAUUUGUCAUUUUAUUAUUUCAAUUAUUCUUCGCAUUUCCAAAAUCGUGUCCAUUGCCAAAAAUUCCAUUUGGCAUAAUGUUUUUAAAUAUGGCAUUAAAUUUGGGAUUAUUUUAUAAUUUCUAUAGGAAAACUUAUUUUAAUCAAAAGGAGAAGAAAAAAUAAAUACUAAUAAAUAUUGAUGAAUUCUGGUUUCUUAAAAAAAAGAAAGAAAAGAAAAAAAAAAAAAAAAGUUAACAGGUCAAGGAAACAAGAAGGUUCAUGAAAAAUUAAAUUAAGCGCCAAUGUUAAAAUUGAUUUGUCAUUUUUAAAUUAUUGUGUUCUUAUAUUUUAUAUUUUUUCAUUUAAUUUAUAUUUUCUAAAACAAAUCUCUCUUCAUAGAUAUAUAUAUAUAAAAAUUGUGAUAAUCGUUUAUUUUUUCGUUUUCAUAAAUAAAAUUAUUUUUUUUUUUAUCAGCUUAAAUAGUGUAAAGUAAACAGUUUUAUAAUUUUGUAAAUAGAUUAGAAAUAUUAUGUUUUACACUAAUCA